GCGUGUAUACUCAGUACAUUUCCCAAUUCCACAACUGCCCAGCGCUCCACGUCGACCGGUUUGCCCGGUCUCGCAUCAUCGCUUCACCCCGCCGCCGGCCCAUCUCCCGGCGCCGCCGCGGGAGUCUACACCGGCCGCUUGCCCUCCCGACGGCAAACUCGCGGUAGGCUCUGCCUGCCCUCGUCGCCGGGGCUUGGUGAGCCCCCGGGGGCUGCCGCUGCCGCCACCGGCCGAUCGCCGCCGCGGCGUCCGUCAACCGUCAGUGUAUUCGGUCUUGUAGUUCUAAGAGGCAAGCCAAGAGCCCAAGAUAGGUGAAUGGCAUCGAGCCAACUUGACAUCCUAUGGCAGCAGCAAGAGAAGAAGCCUUAUGAGGCUCAACAUUGAUUGGCACAAGAGAGGAUUUCAUGAAGUUAACUCUCAGUCCAGUGGAGACUGCAUAAGUGUCAAGAAUGCUUUUGAGGCUAAGAAGCUGUUGCUCAUCUGCUGGCAUGAUUAUCAAGGUAUCAUCUGCGUAUUGGACAAUAGGAUAAUCUCCCCCAAAACUAUCCCCUAAGGGAUGUUGUAAAAUAUGAUUGUUGGCUACAUCAUUGAUAACUGAUUGUAACAGGUCAGCUGCAAGCACAAACAGUAAAGGGGAUAAGGGAUCACCCUGUCUAACUCCACGCUUGCAUUUGAAUGGUUUCCCAGGAACCCCAUUAAGCAGCACAGAAGAAGAUCCAGAAGAGAGGACCAUUUCAAUCCAUUUAACCCACUUGGCAGAAAAACCUUUAUGCCUAAACAUGUCCAGGAACUUGAUGCUCUAUCUUGUCAAAUGCCUUUUCAAAAUCUAGUUUUAGUAUAACAAUUUCUUUCUUGCUUUGAUGGCAAAUAUGCAAGAAUUGAAAAGCCCAUGCAAGACAAUCCUGAAUAGUCCUUCCCUUGAGGAAACCGUAUUGAUUAGCAUGAAUAACUCUCAGAAUUACCACCUGUAACCUGUUUGCUAGAAGCUUUGCGAGCAGUUUCAAAGAAUAGUUCAGCAAGGAGAUUGGUCUGUAAUCAUUCACUGUGAGGGGGCAGUCUUUUUUAGGAAUAAGAGUGAUGAAGGAUCCCUUGAUACAUUCAAGAUUCACUGAACAGUUCACAAAAGCUUCACAAAAUUUGUAGAAAUCUUCUGAGAUGAUGUGCCAACACUUUUUCAUGAAGAAGCCAUUAAAACCAUCUGGACCAGGGGCAUGGUCAGGGGCCAUCUCCUUGACAGCUCUGUCAAUUUCUUCCUUGGAAAAGGGCUCAUCAAGCACAGGAAGCUGAAUAGCUUGGAUUAGGGCAUUGAGAUCAAAUUGCAUUUCACUAAACUUUGAGACCCCCAAUCUGUCUUUAAAAGAAUUCCAUAGUACACCAACUUUCAAAACAUGAUCACUGACAGUAGAACCAUCUUCUAAAAGAAGAGAAGCAAUGUAGUUUCUUCUGAACGAGUGAGUAGCCAUUGCCUGAAACAAACUUGAGUUUUCAUCACCGAACUUGACCCACCUUACUGUGGAUCUCUGCUUCCAAUACAAUCUCUUUGCUUCCAAUAGAUUCUGCAGGUGAGACUUAACAAUCUUUCUAAAAUUUGAUUCAAUGAGACUAAGCCUUCUCUUCUAACCCAUCCAAGAGAGCUAGAACCCAACUGCAGUUAUUAAUAAGCUUGUUAAGCUUAGAAAGUUCCUUGCUCCACUGUUUUAAACCAACCCUUAGCUGCUUGAAUUUACCACUGAUGGUCUUAGCCAUAUUAGCAAAAGAAAGGAUUUGAGUGCCAAUGCAACUGAACAGUGUCAAAGAAACCUGGAAAAUCUGCCCAAUAGUUUUCAAAUCUGAAUAUCGAAGCUUUUGGAAUGUGAGAGUCCAUUCUGACAACAUAAGGGAUCUGAUCUGAAAUUGGCUUUGAGCGAGGUUUGACACAGGUAGCAGGAUAGGACAGGGACCAUGAUGCUGAUGUAAAAACCCAGUCAAGCUUCUCAAGCAAAGCAUCAUCCUGCAUGCUACUCCAAGUGAAUUGCCUGCCCUCAAAAGGUACAAGUGCUUCAGCAGUGCCAAUACCAUCCUGUCAACAAGUUUGCUUGUCACGAAAGGAUAACACACAUCAUGGCAAAGCCUGGCAUUUUAGGACGUAGCAGCAGUGUGCCAAGAUCAAAUGAGAGCAUGCGAAUAAUAUUCUCAGCAGUUGUCGGUGUUAUGCUAGGGUACUUGUUUGGCAUUUCCUUCCCUACAGUUAAUAUAACAAAGCUUCACUUUCCUUCCAGCAUUAUAUCCUAUAUUGAAGAUAGAAACUCUGGCAUUACAACCCAAACAUUAUUGAACCAUGCAUGGACGUCUGCAGCUAGUCACAAGAACAAUUCGGUUUCUAACCCAGAUGAAAUUCCGAAGAUUUAUGUUCCAACAAACCCUAAAGGUGCUGAAAGGCUCCCACCAGGCAUUGUUGCGUCUGAAACAGACCUUUAUCUCCGAAGAUUGUGGGGUGAACCUAGUGAGGAUCUUACUAGCCAACCAAGGUACCUUGUGACAUUUACAGUUGGAUACUCUCAGAAGGCAAAUAUUGAUGCUGCGGUAAAAAAGUUUUCAGAGAACUUCACAAUUAUGUUGUUCCACUAUGAUGGUCGGACUACAGAAUGGAAUGAAUUUGAGUGGUCAAAAAGAGCUAUCCAUGUGAGUGUCAGAAAGCAGACUAAAUGGUGGUAUGCCAAACGGUUUUUGCAUCCUGAUGUUGUGGCUCGUUAUGACUACAUAUUUAUCUGGGAUGAAGAUCUAGGCGUUGAACAUUUUAAUGCAGAGGCGUACAUUAAGCUUGUUAGGAAGCAUGGUCUGGAGAUCUCUCAGCCUGGUUUGGAACCUGACAAAGGUCUAACGUGGCAAAUGACUAAGCGCAGAGGUGAUCAGGAAGUCCACAAAGUAACUGAGGAGAGGCCGGGCUGGUGUACAGAUCCCCAUCUGCCACCAUGUGCAGCAUUCGUUGAAAUUAUGGCAACUGUGUUCUCAAGGGAUGCAUGGCGCUGUGUAUGGCAUAUGAUUCAGAAUGACUUGGUCCAUGGAUGGGGUCUCGAUUUUGCUCUUAGGAAAUGUGUGGAGCCAGCCCAUGAAAAAAUUGGAGUUGUUGAUUCCCAGUGGAUUGUUCAUCAAGUUAUACCAUCACUUGGUAACCAGGGCAAGGCAGAGAAUGGAAAAGCGCCGUGGGAAGGGGUAAGAGCACGCUGUCGAAAAGAAUGGGGAAUAUUUCAAACAAGGUUGGCAGAUGCUGAGAAAGCUUAUUACUUGGACCACGGGAUCACACCCCCAAAUUUGACAGGAGCGUAGCUGAGCGCGCCUCAGGAGUAAUGACAAGGUUUCUGUUCUGGGAACCUGGCACCUGCAUCUCCGGUAUGCACAUCCAAGCUCAGCUCCAUGGAGAUGCAAUUCCAUGGCCAGAUUUGUACAGGCAGCCUCAAAUCCUCUUCCCUUUGCUCUUACUUAUUCUUAGCCCUGUUCUCUUGGUUUCAGUCGUAGUGAAACUAGCUCGUAUGUAAGUAACCGAUUUAGCACGGAUCUUGAAUUCUUUAUGUCCAUACUAGUGCUCCUUUCCCCCAUUGUUGACCUGGUGCACGUUGGCAA